AUGGGCAAGAGUUUGCUCAUUGCAUCCGCGCUGGUCAAGCAGGCCAACAAGGCGGGCGCCUCCAGCGCCCUCGAAGCACUGUUGAGGACAACGUCCUUUUUAGACAUGUCGGAUUUCCGGGUGGACCAGCACGCAGGCGCUCUUUUGGGCGGCGUCGGCGACCGCAUCAAGGGCGAGCGUUCCGUAACGAUGGUCUACUCCUAUACGCACACGCUGCGCCGCGGCGGGGUCGUCGCCACCUUGGACCUCGCGACGCAGAACCUCCACAAGUUCGCGCUCAACCAGUGGCCCAAGGAUCCAGGGAACCCGCCCGCCGCGAAGACGGCGAAGCGCACAGCGGGCGAGACGAGCCAAUUCCUGCAGGAGCGGGACCCUGCGGGGCCAGCCGAGACGACUCACGCGAGCGGCCUGCGCGGGGCGGACACUGUCGGCGCGCCCGCCCAGGCGUGGUUCGACGACGUCCGCGCGACGCCCUCUGCCGCCCACAGUGUCGCUGCGGUGGCCCGGUAUUUAGCCGACAUUGUCAGACUCAUGAAGGAUGACGGCACGGUCAUCUUCAUGUGUGACAAGAAGGACGAGAAAACGUUGUGUUCUGGCGACACCUUGGAGAACCUCAUUAGCUUUCAGGACGUGCCUGAGGAAGAUCUCGAAGAUUUGGGAGACUUAGUUUUAGGUCUGGACGAAAAGCCCACUUCGUACUUCCUGCAGGAAGUGGGCCUCCAGCUGGUGAAUGUAGAACGCUUUGCCGAAGGUGAUCUGGCAUGUGGUGUCUGCACGAGGUGCAAGAAGCGUCCAGUUAUCAAGACGUCGCGUUCGAGGCCUUCUGUCCAGCAGGCCGCGGCCCCACGACGCGCUUCCACCACGCCGCGGCCGAAGAGAAAGCUCAGGAGGUCGUAG